AUGGAUACCACCUUGUCCACCGAACGCAUCUCCACCAUCUCCGCCUCGGCUCGCACCCCCUCCGAUCUUUACGAGACCCUCGCUGAGUAUGAAGGCGAUGCUCUAUUACUCGCCUCCUCGAAAGAGGGUAAUAACUCAGAGCUUCUACCUUUCUUCUACUCGACCUUCUUUUUUGCGCAUCUUCUCACGGACCAACUAUACGAAGCGCGCGCUAUGACACAACGGAUGCCCCCGACCCUAUCCCAGAACGAUCCUUCCCUACAGAACUGCUUAGUCCUACUACGUGCCGUCUGGCAGCGCGAAUAUGAGCAGGUCUACAAGAUUCUCCGAAAGCUACCCUGGCCAGAGCCACUGAAACCCGUGGUAAACAGCUUCGAGACGCAUUUCCAAGAAAAAACACUCAAAGAGGUCAGCGGGGCCUACGAGGCGAUUCGACCGGCUGCGGCUGCUAGUUACCUCGGCCUUGACCCGGACUCGGCGGAGAAGGGAGAUACGUCAAUAAUACAGAAGUUCACAGCCCGUGGGUGGACAUGGGAUGAAAGCACUAUGCUCCUGCACCCCAAACCUCAUUCUACCGCCCCCGAAACAGACCGCGAUCUUCAAAAUGGACUGGGCCAAAUCAUGGCGUUAAUCGCCAAGCAUGCGAGUUAA